AACAUUAUAUAUAAUCUAACAACACAAUACACUACAAUAUAUAAUAACUAUCCAAACAAGCUGUAAAGCAACUAGUGAAACCCAUACAGAACGGCCAACCAUCCAUUUGUAGUUCUCUACAUACAAUCAAACCCCCAUGGCCAGUGAAGAUCUUCUCAUUUCUCAACCCAUUCUCUCAGCUAUUCCAUAUUUUCCUUUCCCUUUUAUGCACCGAAAACGCCAAAAAAAAAAAAAAAAAAAGGUCCAAAGGUGGCAGCUUGAACUGUCGCCAAAGUGGCCGCAGGAGGAAGACAAGUGAAGAGAAAAUAGGAAGAAAUUGAAGAAUGGUUAAUCCGAAAUUUCUGAAAGUGCCAGAACUUGCAACGUAUAAUGUCCGAGGGAGUCGACCAACUGUGGGUGUUGGCAAAUUAUGUUACCUCACUGAUACCGUUACAGACAAUGGCAUAUGGGAAGAAAUCAACCCAUUGGAAUCCAAACUCCCAAUAUUCAUCUUUCAACUUGUUAUUGUUCUUUUUGUCACCCGCCUUUGUCUCCUCCUCCUCAAACCUCUCCGCCAACCCCAUUUCGCUGCUGAAUUGCUGGCCGGUAUACUGGUGGGAUCAACUGCAAUUGCAAGUGAAUUUGCACGAAAACAUAUUCCAGCACUGGGUUCUAUAUUUGCAGCCUCUCGAAUUAUGACAAUGGAGACCGUGGGAAACCUUGGACUAAUUUAUCAUGUAUUUCUUCUUGGGUUAGAAAUGGACUUAAUAGCAUUAACAAGUGUUAGCCCCAAAGCCCUUGGCGUUGGUAUUUCUGGAGCUCUUUUCCCCUUUCUUUUUGGAGCUUCCUUGUACGCUUUUAUCGCGGACUAUCCAGAGAAUUUCAGAUGGGGUUUCCUUUACUGGGGUGUAGCACUCUCAGUCACUGGCCUUCCUGUUAUAGCCGAAAUAUUUGCAAAAUUAAAGCUCCUCCAUUCAGAAAUUGGAAGAAUAGCCAUGUCUUCCGCCCUUGUAAAUGACUUUUCCUCAUGGGUUCUCCUUGUACUCUCAUUAGCAGUAACUAGUAGCAAUUCAAGUACGUACUUGUCAUUGUUUAGUGCUAUAGUAUUCAUCAUUUUCAGUAUUUUUGUAAUUCGUCCGGUACUUUUAUGGGUGAUUAGGAAGACGACCCGAGAAGGAGAAGACUAUAGUGAAGCAACAGUUUGUACUAUACUCACAAUGGUCUUGGCUUGUGGGUUGAUUACAGAUAUAUGUGGAGUGAGCUCUCUGCUUGGUGCAUUUGUAUUUGGUCUUAUCAUACCACCAGAUCUGUUGGGGCAUAGGUUUGUGUUGAUGCUACAAGGCUUCGCGUCUGACUUGUUGCUCCCUCUUUAUUAUGCUAGUUUGGGAAUGAGGACUCAUCUUGGUGGAUUUAACAGAGAGGACAUGCUUAUGAUGGUUCUCGUUUGCUUCUUGUCUUUCAUACCAAAGAUUGUCUGUACUGUUGCUAUUUCUUACUUCUAUAGGAUGUCGUUGCAUGAAGGAUUUACUCUUGGAGUCCUGAUGAACACCAAAGGCCUGAUAGCUGUCAUGGCAAUGAGCUUGGGGCGUGACCAUACUGUCAUGAAUGAAGAUGGAUUUGCCAUUAUGUUGUUUACUAUAUUUAUCAUGAGCAUAGCAACAUUACCAAUUGUGAACUUCCUGUAUAGACGUACAAAGAAGUUCUUACCAAGCCAACACAGGGUGUUACAGGAUCUAAAACCGGAUACUGAGCUCCGAAUCCUCACAUGUAUUCAUGAAGUACAAACUGUGGCUGGAAUUACUGCACUCCUGGAAAUCUCUCAUGCCUCCAAAAGAUCCCCAAUUUGUGUCUUUGCUCUUCAGCUCAUGCAGCUAAAAAAACAUACUACUGCUCUGCUCAUUGUUCAUGGUGCCGGUGGGACUAGCUCAGAAAGCAUCAGUAGAGUAGACGGACAAACAGACCAAUUAAUUGCUGCAUUCAAGAACUUAGAGCAUCAAAGUCCAACGCUAUCGGUUCAACUGUUGACUGCUAUAUCUCCUUAUGGCACAAUGCAUGAAGAUGUCUGCAGUCUUGUUGAGGAAAAGCAGGUGACACUAAUCAUUCUCCCAUUCCACAAGAGACAGACUAUCCACAAUAACAUGGAAGAAAUGAAUCCUGCUUACAAAGAUGUAAAUAAUAAUACUUUAGCAACUGCACCUUGCACUGUUGGUAUUCUUGUAGAUCGUGGUUUUGGCACAUUGUUACCUACUAAUAAAGACGAAGGUAGAAGUAGGAGUUGCAAAAUUGCCAUGAUCUUUAUAGGGGGGCCUGAUGACAGAGAGGCGUUGGCCUAUGCUUCACGGAUGGCAAGACAUCCAAAGGUAGCUCUAACAGUUUUGAGGUUUAUUCUGGAUGAAAGUUCAGCCACACAAAAUGGCGAUGCAGAUUUAUCUCUCACAAUGGAAGCUGAAGCUGAAAAGCAAGCUGAUGACUUAUUGGUAAAUGAGUUUAGGCACAAGGUACAGAAUGAUAUCUCAGUUGUUUAUACAGAGGAGAUAUCUGGUAAUGGUGCAGAAACUGUGAAAACAAUAAGAUCGCUAGGUCAGGAUUUUGAUCUCUAUGUGGUAGGAAGAGGAUUGGCCUUCUUUUCGCCGCUCAAGGGUGGCUUAGAUGAGUGGAGUGACUGCCCCGAGCUGGGCUCCAUUGGGGAUCUCUUGCUCACAUCAGACUUUUCUUCCACAGCUUCAGUUUUAGUGGUGCAACAACAUGCACAGCUCAAUCCUGGAGAUUCAAUUCUAUGAUAAAUUAAAAAUAUCAUGCUAAUUUUGAACAAUUUUUGAGAUAGAAAAGACGGAUGAUGAUCUUUCAAGA